AUUAACGAGCAGAUCUACGUCAGAACGAGAGUUUAAGGUAGCAUACAAAUUUCGGUUAUUUUGUGAGACUCACAAAUUCGCCAAAAUUGAUCCAUUAGCGCAGAACACGGCGAGCGUAAGCAGCGCAAGAGAAGGCGUUUGCAAAAGCUCCGCAAAAGAAAAGGGCGUGGUGGACUUUGCGAUCGUUGGAGCAGGAGCAGGCAGUGGAGGAGGAUCAAGUGGCGGAGGGGCGUCCAAGACAUUUGCUGUGAAACCUGCUGGUUACAAUGAUGAUUAUAAUUGCAUAGACAGCGACAAUCACAACGAGGAACUUGUACUGCACGAACCCAGAGUCAUGUCCGGGGAUCAGAAGGUGCUGCUUAAGGGCCACGCCUCCCAGUACGUUAAGCUAAACGUAGGCGGGCGUUUGUAUUACACGACAAUUGGCACGCUGACCAAACACAAUGACACAAUGCUGAGCGCAAUGUUCAGUGGCCGCAUGGAGGUCUUGACUGAUUCAGAAGGUUGGAUUCUAAUCGAUCGCUGUGGCAAUCACUUUGGCAUACUUCUCAACUUCCUGCGAGAUGGUAGCGUGCCGCUGCCGGAAACAAACAAAGAGAUUGCUGAGCUACUGGCCGAAGCUAAGUACUAUUGCAUCACGGAGCUGGCUAUGUCCUGUGAGCGCGCCUUGUAUACGCACCAGGAGCCGAAGCCCAUCUGUCGCAUACCGCUGAUAACGUCGCAGAAAGAGGAGCAACUCUUGAUCAGUGCAUCGUCAAAGCCAGCAGUGAUAUUGGUGGUGCAGCGACAGAAUAACAAAUACUCCUACACUAGCACUUCGGAUGAUAAUCUGCUCAAAAAUAUCGAGUUGUUCGACAAGCUCUCGUUGCGCUUUAAUGAGCGCAUACUCUUCAUUAAGGAUGUAAUUGGACCCAGUGAGAUUUGUUGCUGGAGCUUCUAUGGCCACGGUAAAAAGGUUGCCGAAGUCUGUUGCACAUCCAUUGUGUAUGCUACCGAUCGCAAGCAUACGAAGGUGGAGUUUCCCGAGGCACGCAUUUACGAGGAAACGUUGCAGGUGCUGCUUUAUGAGAAUCGCAAUGCUCCUGACCAAGAGCUGCUGCAGGCCACAUCUUCGGUGCGUGCGGGCGGCGUCAGCGGGACGAGCAUGCAUCAGUAUACCAGCGAUGAGGAGGAGGAGCGCACCGGACUCGCCAGACUACGAUCGAAUAAACGCAACAAUCCCACUUGACUUUUGCAUAGGCUGGCAUUGCCACAGAUUUGAUGGCAAGAUUGCGGUGCUUGCAGCCUCUGUUGGUUCGCUUCGUGAUCCAAAAUUGUUGGCUCGAGUAUCGCAUCAUAUUCAUUAGACAUUCAAGAAAUAACACAGCUGCAUGACAAAUUCCGAGAACACCAAGAGAUUAAUUGCAAACUACAUUAUAUAUUCUUUCCAAAAUCUCGA